AUCGACAAAUAUCUCCUUACCUCUCUUUUCCGGUUUUCCCUUCUCUUUGCUCAGUCUUUUGCUAUCUGGGUUGCUCUUAAAACUCAGAUGGUGAUUCAUUUCUUCCAAUCUCAAAUUUCUUGCUAAACUCUAUAUCAUAUUGUAUUGUUUUCUGAUCUGUGUUCCAACUCUUUUCCUUUCCACAAAUUAUAGUUUUCACCAGGAAAUCUGUGCAUCUCUACUUCUACUCUAGAAACCAUUGAUAGGAAACAAAGACCUCCCUGUUUUGGGUUUUUAGAGGCAUAUUGUCUUUGCAAACAGAUUCAGAGGAAUGAGUUUUAUGCGGGAGAUGCAGCCAAGAGUAGCUCCAUGUGAGAAAUCAUCCUUAGCUGUUUGAGCUUUUCUUUUGGGGCAUUUUGGGAUAAUGGGUAGAGGCAGAGGAAAGGGGAAAAAAAUGACUGUUGUUACAAAUCAUGAGGAUCCUGGAAGUGAUGAAGAAUCACUCCCUGCAUACAAGAGAAGGGGAAGGCCUCAGAAACCAUUGAAAGAUGAAAUCGACGAAGAAGUAAUUGAGAAGAUAGAGGAGGAGGAUGGGGAGAAUACUAAACCAGCGGUCUCGACCAAAGAGGUGAAAAGUCAAGCAAUAACAGAGAACGGAAAGAAGAGGAAAAAGUAUUCACAGACAAAAGAGAACUCUGAUUCAGUCAAAGAGGAGAAUGGUAUUGGAAGCAGAUUGAGCACUGACAACUCAAUCAAAUCCAAUGGUUAUCGACUGAAUGGAAACAGGCGUAAAAGCAAGCCUAGGCGUGCUGCUGAAGCUGGUGUUGAGUGUAAGUGAGAUUCGGUUAUUCAUGUGAUGGGUUUCUUCUUUUUCUCUUACCAGAUAAAUUACAUGUCUGGGAGCGAAAGGAUGUUGGUGCAUCUCUGUUUUGGUAUUUUGUUUUUUUGGCUUCUUUUUGUAUUUUCUGAUUUUCCUGUUCCUUGUUUAUGAAUGAUUUUAUCUGGGAGAUUUGGAACAGGCUAUACUGCUUUGUAAUCUUCCAUGAUGCUACUAGUUCUAUUUCACCAGUUCUUUUCAUAUAAUAUCUACUUUAUGUGGCUUGCAUAAUC